CCAGUCAGAGGUGCAGCAGAAAAUGGAUGAGCCUCCACAAGAGGCUCCAAAUGGAUCCCAGAACCAUGAAGACACAGACCAAUCCCCAAAUAACCAGAAGAACUACAUAGAAGGAGGAGAAGGCCAAGCUCCUCACAAAGGUUCUGAACACCAUGGGGUUGGAUCAUCUGAGCAAACCAGUGACAAGGCAUCCAACCAAGCUGCUAAUGAAGGGUCUCAAGAGACUGACCAAAGAACUUCUGAAGAGGCUUCUCAGCCGUCUGAGUACAGAGCAUCUCAGCUUGUUGACCGAAGGUCAUCUGAUCAUACUGAGAGAAAAACUUUGGAGUCACCUAAUCAGCAAUUGCCAAGCCUACUUGAGGGAAAAGCCUCUGAGAAGCUAGAUGACCGAGUGUCUUUGCUUUCUGGUGAGAAAGCUUCUGAGCAGACUGACCAAGGAACUUUGGAGCAUAGUGACCAGACCUCAUCAGACCAAGCUGAAUAUGGAAAGGGUCAACGCCUAGUCUACAAUGAAGCUGAUUUCCUGCCUGAAGAUUACACUGAUCAACAUAUGUUUAGUGAGGAUGAGGAAAUGGACUAUGGUAGUGUGAGCCAUAAAACAGAAAAACAGGCUGACUACCGCUCAUACUACAAAACACUUGCCCAGACUAAGAACCGAUCAUUAUCUGAAAUUGAUGACAACAAAGAGGUCAAAGAAGCUGACUUCAAAAUACAGCCUUGCACGUUUGAAGAUAGCCAAGCAGACCUCAGAUCCAAGGUCUCAACUGCCGGAGAAACAGAAAGUGCAACCACUAUCCAAGCUUACAACCCGCCUGAUGCUGAAUUCACCAGCGAUUCUCAGUUCUCAUACGAAAAACUGCCCUCCAUCACAACCAAAGUGUACUAUUCCUCCAGCCAAGACAAAUUUCAAACCACAGAAGUCACUACUGAUAUUGUUACAGAAUUUGAACAAAGAAAGAGUUCUCAGAGACACAAUCAAUCUUAUAGGAGGCGGUUUCCUCCCAUCGUUUUUGAAGACCCUUAUCACGUGGCACUCCGCUACAUGGAAAAGCACAACAUUCUUCAGAUAUUCCAGCAGAUCACUGAGAACCUAGUCUACGAAAAGCCAGAUGAUCCCCUGGAUUUCAUGCUAAGCCAGGUACAGGAGAUGAUCAGAUACAGAGAUCAGCAGGGGAACCUCUGA